UGGCGAAUAUCCCACCUCUAUUGGGGUUCGUUACGUGGAUGGACAAUCGAGGUAUGUGAGGUGGAGUGUAUCCUAGGUAGAAAAUAUCCCCUUAUAAAAAAACAGAGAAACCAUAGAAGAGUAUCUUUCAGAAUCAGUGGCACGGCAACACAGCAGUGAGUACAUUGAUGCAGAGUUUCGCUCGAGAUGGAUUCCUGGUUUCAGAAGGCUCGGGAUUUCGCACAGGAGGCAGCGAAAAAAUCACAAGAACUCGCUAAAGAAGCUGCCAAAUUCUCUCAAGAAAUCGCCGCAGAAACGGCCAAAAAGUCCAAAGAAAUUGCGGUGGAGGCCACGAAAAAAGCCGAUCAGAUCAAGACUGAAGCCUCCAAAAAGGCUGAUCAGAUCAAGACCGAGGCUUCCAAAUUGAAGCCACUUUCCUUCGCUGGAGAAAUUAUCAAUCCGGCAAGCCCCAAGAAAUCUUUUGGCAACUCGCCCUCUCCUUCUCCGGACGAUCUUGCAAAAUACGGCGUCACUGAUGAACUGAGAGAAUUCGUUAGAGGACUCACUCUUGACACGUUCAAGGAAUUUCCGAUCGAUAAUUCUGCCCUUGAAAGAAAUCAAUCACAAGAAGCUUCCCCAUCAUCCAAUGUUCGUCAAGAUUUGACAGCAUGGCAGGAGAGGCAUGCAGUGAUUGUCUUAUCAGUCGUUCCAGAAAUUUCACAGUUCAGAUAUGUGCUAUGUCCACGGCAUAUGAAGGAAGGCAAGUUUUGGAAAAUAUACUUCAUGUUGGUAAAAAGUCAUGUGGCUCCAUAUGAGAUGCGUUUCAUGCAACAACUCAAGGCUGCUACAGAAGAACAGGAAAGAAAUAUCAGGUUGCAAGAUAACUCAAGGACUAUAUCAUCUGAAGUCGAAAUGAUAACAGCAAGUAGUUCAACAAAGGCAAAAAGUGCUCCUUCAGAGCAUGAUAUAGAUGCAUUCCUUCUGGGAGACAUUGGUAGUAGUGAUGAUGAUGGAGAUGGAGGGGAUGACAUUUAUGGUGAUGAUUUUGAUAAAAUUGUGAAUAGCACUUCCUUAGACAGCGAUGAUGAAGAUGGGAUGAAAAGUAUUAAACCAAAUGAGUCAGAGACGAUCUUAACAAAACCAACAGGAAGUGAUGGUUCAUCUGAUGGUGAGCUUGUUGAAAUGCCUGCAGAGCAUUAAGUCACCAUCGUUCAAAAGGAAAGUGUUGCACAGGCAUUUUUCUCUACAAACUUGGAUCAGAUUGAUUUAUCCAAACAAAUUGUUCAUAGUAGCCAAAAUAAAAUAUCUGCUGUAUUUGUUAGUGUAAGGAGCAUAUGAUUGACGUGGUAGGGAAAAGAUUAUGCUCAAGUGGGUAUUUUCUUCAUUCGUUAUUUUAUUGGUUUACAUGUUCUGUAAAAUAUUUGUAUUGUCCUAAUGGCUUCUUAGCUGUGAUGUAAUUUUGAGUUAUGCAAAGCUCGCCAGUGAACAAGUGAAAGUAAUUGUGAACACCUAGAAAGAUAGCAAGGUUUCUGCUUAUUUCAAAUUGUAAUCUUAAUGUUACUGCAUUUUAAAAUAUAGACUUGUGUUUCUAGCAUC